CAGUUCUUUGCAAAAUACUUAAAUUUAAAAUUCUGUAGUGUCUGUAACCAUUAAAAGUUUAUGUUGUAAUAUUUUCAUUGUUUCUCAAUACAAAAGUAUAAAUCCUACAUUGGCUAAUGUGUAGUCAUGUAAUGUCCAGGUUUGCCAAAAAUCAUAGUUCUAUCAAUUAACAUCAUUGAAAAUUACUACUUUGAAAAAGUUACAGACACUACACAAAGAGGUAUAGAAAUGAAAGAAAAAAAUCAUUGUUCUUUUUGUCACUAUUAUUUUGUUUUUCAGUAUAGAAAGUUCCUUCUUUUAUGGUGCAAUGUUGCAUCAUACAUAGAACUACUGAGUUAAGUGCAAAAAUAUGAUGCAAUGACUCUUGUUUAAUGAAACAAUGCACCACCUUUGUGGCAUUGUUUUUCAGAAUUAUUCACUGAAGCACAAUGUAACCUGUAUAUUUAUCCAGAAAAGUUUACCAUUUGCUUUUUGUGUUCCUUACCAUGGUACGACCCUAGGAAAUGGGGAGAAAACAUGAAAAAAGCCCUGGUGAUGACUCAGGAAGUACAGUUCAACCAAGCAAAGAUGAGCAGAAAGUGAAAGAUAGAAGGGAGAAGACUAGGCUCAAAGUACAAGCAUGGAGGAAAAAGCAGAGAGAAAACAAAGCAAAAUAUGAUGAGCUGAAAAAAGUCGAUAGGGAAAGGAGACAGGAGGCAAGACUACGAAAAAGGCAGCAAGCUCUCUCUGAUCCAAUCAUUCAACAAGAACUUAGAAAGAAAAAGUGUGAGGAAAUGAAAAAGUACUUCUGCGAACGUAUUAAUGCCUGGGAGGCACGGAAGUUAGUAAUUAUCAAAGACAAUUCAAGCCAGGAAAGAAAACAGACGAGCAAGCAAAAUGAACAGAACAAAGAAUCAUCAGAAAAGCUUCCAAAGAAGAGAAAGUCAACAGGAAAGCAAAACACUGCAGAAAAGAAGAGUAAAGUUCAGGAAGUACCAACUGAGAGAGAGAAAGCAAUAGAACCCCAGAAGAGUAAAGUUCAUGAAGAACCAGCUGAGAUGGUAAAACCAACAGGAUCCCAAAAAUGCAACCCUGGUGACUUUGUAGCUGUUGGGAUUAAGCCAAAGAAGGGACCUCUCUGUGUGUGUAUAGCAGAAAUAAUGGGUGUAUUUGAUACAGAUGUCCGACUGAAAUACAUGAAGAAGUCAGGCAAAGUGUACAUCUGGCCUGAUAAAGAAGAUUGUUCACAGGAACCAAUUGAUGUAAUUAUGCAUUGUGUUUAAGCUCCGGAAGUAGUCAAUGAAAGGGGUCAUUUCAGAUUCAGGUCAAAUGAUAUGUUAAAGCUUAAAGUUGAUCUUGAAAUAAC